AUGAGUUCAUCAUCUCCACUCAAGGCUUUUCGUAAGGCUGUAAUCAAAGAGGAAAAAAUAGAGUUUUUCAAAAAUGGUGAGAAAACUGAUCUGAUCAAUGAUGCUACAGAGGUGCAAUUCGGGACGGAUAAAAAUAAAUAUUCGUUGGAUAUGGUCACCAAUUUCUAUAAUGAUGAAAAAUUGACUGAAGCACAAAGUUUGCGAUCUGUUGUAUUUUGUUAUUUGCAUGAAAAGGAUUCAAUCACAGAUUAUAAAGUGGCUGGUGAAAAUUUGAAUAUCCCUGUGUUUAGUUUUUUGGUGAAAACCGAAUUAUCGACAUGGUUACACGGAAACAGUGAUAGUUGUAUGUUCAUCAAAAGGGAAGCAGAGGAUAAGACAUCAAAAAGCGUGAAAUCAACUGAUUCCUCUCUGCAAGUGACUAGCAAGAAGCAUAAAUUGGACGAUCCGCAAUUAGAAAGGAUAAGUAAGUUUGAAAGGGAAUCAGUAGACCACAAUGCAGCAUUAAGAGGCACCAAAAAUAUAGACUUUGGGUACUUGGUAUCCGAUGCCAAAAAAUUCAUGCAUGAACUAAAGCGUACCAAACAUAUGCCUGGAACAAACACCCAUGGGAACAGAGGUCCUAAAAAGCAGCCAAUUAUUCUUGUUUCGCCAGCUACCACUGCGUUACUAUCAUUAUCGAAUAUUAAAGGGUUUCUUGAGGAUGGUGUAUUUACUGAACCUGUUCCAGGAAAUAGACCUAAUGGAGGAUUGGUUAUUGUCAACCAUCCUUCAGACAAAUUGAUAUCCACUGGUCAGAAAAUAAUGGUUGUGGACAAUAUUGAAAACUUCAACAAAAUGGAGUAUUGGGAUAGAGUUAUUGCUAUAUUUACAACGGGGCAGACAUGGCAAUUUAGCAGAUAUAUACAUCCUGAACCAGAGGUCUUGUUUCAAAAGUAUCGUGGAUUCUAUUUUGGGUACCAAGGAGAAAUUGCCCCACCACAGAUUAAAGAUUGGAACGUGUCAGAAAUAAGAGUGGAUAGGGAUAAACGAUUCAAGGAUAAAGUUAUUGUGAGGGAUUUUUGGGCAGAGAUAGAGAGAAUACUUGUCAAUAAGGGAUAUGGGAAGCUGUACUAA